AUGGGUCUUGGUAAUCUGUGCUUCAUUCUGCUCUCCGCUAUGUUAAUAGCGAACGUCAUACUUGCUGACGAGCUGGACGAGACCAAUAAGCGUUGGUGGGGCGAGAUCUCGUUCAACCGCUUGUCCAACAUCACCAGGUCACGUCGGGCUCCGAAAUUGGGAUUCAUGCCAUCUGUCAGCGGCUGUGAUGUCACCAAGGAGCCCGGUUGGACCUGCGCUAAUUGCUCAACUUUGAAACUUUGCAAUACAAACAACGUCAGCGUUACUUUUAACUGUGGUAUUUUUAUGCCGUACUGCGUCAAUGGCGAAUGCAGCAUGUAUCCCAGUGAGGCUUGCAACUCUUCUGAGGAUAAUGAAUCAUCAAACUAG